AUGGCUGCCAUGUCGGGUUCCGCGCGGGUCGAACAGGCUGGCAUCGUCGGAUUCAGAAGCAAACUCGUACGAGCGUCCCGUCUCGACGACGCCGCGUGCGAUGUCGACGCUUCGCGCCCCACGGUCACCCGCCGUGAGGCUUUCUCGUCUCUCGCGGCGCUCGGCGCGAUGAUGAUCGGGGCGGCGGAGGUGGCGCACCCCGCCCCGGCUCUCGCCGCCUACGGGGCGGACGCGGGGGGAUCCACCGCGGCGGUUUCCGGCGAGGACGUCACCUGGAGCACGUUCUACGGAGCCGCCGCGCCCCCGGCGACUUACGGCUACCUCGGCGGGACCACCAAGGACAAGGCGAAGUACUCCUACGAGGUCCCGUCCGACUGGGUCGAGGAGGCCCCGAGCAAGGUGGAGAAGGGCGCCGGAGGCCAGGAUUCCCGAUGGGUCAAGACCGGAAGCCGAGGGGCGAUCAACGUGAAGUGUCUGACCCUGAACCGCGCGGGCGAGGACGGAGCCGCGUUUGGGCUCACCGACAAGGCCCUCCAGGCCAUCGCGGGCGCCGACAGCAAGCUCCAGGAGUCCAUCAACAGCGGAACCGUCUCCUCGGCCAAGUCGGGCGACUUCGUGACGUUCACAAUCUCGGGCGGAACUGGCGGCGACUACGCCGUGAAGAUCACCAUCGACAACACCGGCCGUCUGUUCGCGUUCGUCGCGUCCACGCCGAGCGAUAAGUACAAAGGGGAGACCAAGAAGACCCUGGACAGGAUGGUCGGGAGCUUCAGGACCUACGAGUCCGUCUCACAGUUUGUGUGA